AUGGCAUUCAAUAUUAGAGGAACUGAAAAGACAAGGGAAUUCGACAUAGACGAAUUGCCUGUCAAACAAACCAAACUUGAAGAUGUGGUGAUUACAAUGCUGGAUGGUUGUAAGCUCUAUGCGCAUAUUUGGUUACCAUUAGAAGCCGAAAGAGGAGAAAAGAAAGUUGGUACACUUGUGGAGUAUAUACCCUACAGAAAAGAUGAUAAUACAGCGAUGCGAGAUAGCAUCCGACAUCCAUUUUAUGCAGGUAAUGGAUUCGCAUCCAUAAGGAUAGAUAUGAGAGGUUCUGGGAGUUCAGAUGGGCUAUUACUUGAUGAGUAUUUAAAGCAAGAACAAGACGAUUGUUUAGAAUGUUUCGACUGGAUUGUAUCUCAGAAAUGGUCAAAUGGAGCAAUAGGUAUGUUUGGAAAGUCUUGGGGAGGAUUUAAUUCAUUGCAGGUUGCGGCAAGGCAGCAUCCAGGACUUCGAACCAUAAUUACAUUAAUGUCAACAGAUGACAGAUAUUCGGAUGAUGUGCAUUAUAGAGGUGGGUGUGUUUUGGCUUCCGACAUGCUAUGGUGGGGAUCAACGAUGUUGGCGUUCAACGCUAGGCCCCAGGAUCCUAAGAUAGUGGGGCCAUCGUGGAAACAAGAUUGGUUGGAGCGUUUAAAAGUACCACCGUUUGUUACCAAAUGGCUCUCACAUCAGAGGAGAGAUUCUUAUUGGAAGCAUGGGUCCAUUUGUGAAGACUACAGUAAGGUCACUAUUCCUGUUUUAGCUGUAGGUGGGUGGCGAGACGGCUACACCAGUGCUGUUUUCCGCAUGUGUGAGAACUUGCCCAAUAAAGAUUCCGUAGGAGUAGUCGGGCCAUGGGUUCAUGAAUAUCCAGAAGUAGCCGAACCUUCUCCAAAGAUAGGAUUUCAACAGCUUUCAGUAAAUUGGUUUCGUAAAUAUCUCGAGCCUGAUGUGCACAGCGAUUUUAAAAUCCCUAAAAUGACUGUUUAUGUUCAAGAACCUUGUGAAAUCAAUGAUUCUUAUCUGUAUAGACCCGGGAAAUGGAUUUCCUUAAAAAAUUUACAGAAAAAAUCCAUUUCGCUUAAAUUGAAUGAUGACCGAAAACUAAUUAGCAGUGAUACUUUGCCCAAGCUUAACAUAGAUUUUACCGGCUCUUUAGAUCAUGGGAUGUUUAGAGGUGUAUUUUGUCCAUUUGGGUUCAAAGGAGAUUUUCCUACAGAUCAGCGUAUAGAGGACGCAAAGUGUUUGACAUUUGACUCUGACGUCUUGGAAGACUCACUAAACUUGGUAGGCGAGCCCUAUCUUAAGCUUCAGAUUUCAUCCGACAAGCCAUUAGCAAAUAUUUCUGUAAGAUUGAAUGAUAUUUAUCCUUCAGGAGAGUCGGUAUUAAUUUCAUGGGGUAUGCUUAAUCUUAGUCAUAGAGAGUCUCAUGAAUUUCCGAAGAAGCUAGAGUUAUUCAAAAUUUACGAUAUAGCAAUCAAGCUAGACGUAUUAGGUGUUGAGAUUAAAAAGGGGCAUAAAAUCCGAGUGGCAUUGUCUCCCACAGAUUGGCCACUGCUGUGGCCAACACCAGAAACCCCAACUUUAACUUUAUUUUCAGGAGAGUUGGAAUUACCUGUUCUAAACGAGGAGAGUAUCACAGACGCGCCUCAUUUUGAGGGACCAUCAAUAGUCAAGAGCUGUGAGAUUAAUAUGUUGAAAAAUUUUGAAAGAAGAAAGCAACUGAAUUAUGAUUUCUUCAAUGAUACUUGGGAACUUACCGAUACCCUUGACUCUGGGUCCAUCAACUUGCCUUCAGUUGGCAAUGCUAGUGGUAUUACUUUCAGCAGCCUAAAUACAAAUACCUGGAAAAUAAAACCUUAUGACCCAUUAUCAGCAUUUACACAGAGCGAUUAUACUUUGACUUACGAAAGGGGUCAUGAUUGGAAUAUCAAGAUAGUUACACGCUCGUCAUUGAGUUCGGAUAAGAAUAGUUUCUUUCUAGUGAAUGAGCUAGAGGCUUAUGAGUUUGACAAAGAAAUAUAUAGAAAAGUUUGGAAAGAUACUAUCCCAAGAGAGUUUGUUUAA